UGGGGGGAGAAAAAUAUAUUGCCGGGGAUGUUUGUCUGCACAUGUCUCAAAGGCAAAGGAGAUGCGCGCAAAAAUGAUCAGAGAUCGGUGGAUGCUGUGGCGGGUUUGCUGCUUCCUCAUAUUUUGUGACCUCAUCUUGGAAGCACACGCCCCUGGAAACAAAGCUAAAACACAAAUGGAAAAACAUAACAACGAUCCUGCAAAUACAUUUGAUCCAAACAGUCAGCGUUGGUGUGGUCCAGAAAUUGACAAAAACAUCCUAGAAAAGAAGUUCAAAAACCACUUAUGUUGUGGUCACAAACAGUUCAACAGUCAGACUCAGAGCUGCUCCGACAACCUCCAAGUGGAAAAUCUAACAAACAAUGACAACAAGAAUACAGAAAGAACGGCAGAGAUUGGAAAAUGUGGCAGUGGUGUGUAUAAUAAGACAACGGAGCUGUGCUGUGGUCCGACUAGUAACAAGACAAUUCUGAAAAAAAUGUCUGAAGACCACUUGUGUUGUGGUCGCAAUCAGUACCACAAAAGGACUCAGAGAUGCUCCGAAGACCUUCAAGUGCAAAAUAUUACAGGGAGUAAUUCCGAGACUGAACCAUGUGGUGUGUAUAAUAAGACAACGGAGCUGUGCUGUGGUCCGACUAGUAACAAGACAAUUCUGAAAAAAAUGUCUGAAGACCACUUGUGUUGUGGUCGCAAUCAGUACCACAAAAGGACUCAGAGAUGCUCCGAAGACCUUCAAGUGCAAAAUAUUACAGGGAGUAAUUCCGAGACUGAACCAUGUGGUGUGUAUAAUAAGACAACGGAGCUGUGCUGUGGUCCGACUAGUAACAAGACAAUUCUGAAAAAAAUGUCUGAAGACCACUUGUGUUGUGGUCGCAAUCAGUACCACAAAAGGACUCAGAGAUGCUCCGAAGACCUUCAAGUGCAAAAUAUUACAGGGAGUAAUUCCGAGACUGAACCAUGUGGUGUGUAUAAUAAGACAACGGAGCUGUGCUGUGGUCCGACUAGUAACAAGACAAUUCUGAAAAAAAUGUCUGAAGACCACUUGUGUUGUGGUCGCAAUCAGUACCACAAAAGGACUCAGAGAUGCUCCGAAGACCUUCAAGUGCAAAAUAUUACAGGGAGUAAUUCCGAGACUGAACCAUGUGGUGUGUAUAAUAAGACAACGGAGCUGUGCUGUGGUCCGACUAGUAACAAGACAAUUCUGAAAAAAAUGUCUGAAGACCACUUGUGUUGUGGUCGCAAUCAGUACCACAAAAGGACUCAGAGAUGCUCCGAAGACCUUCAAGUGCAAAAUAUUACAGGGAGUAAUUCCGAGACUGAACCAUGUGGUGUGUAUAAUAAGACAACGGAGCUGUGCUGUGGUCCGACUAGUAACAAGACAAUUCUGAAAAAAAUGUCUGAAGACCACUUGUGUUGUGGUCGCAAUCAGUACCACAAAAGGACUCAGAGAUGCUCCGAAGACCUUCAAGUGCAAAAUAUUACAGGGAGUAAUUCCGAGACUGAACCAUGUGGUGUGUAUAAUAAGACAACGGAGCUGUGCUGUGGUCCGACUAGUAACAAGACAAUUCUGAAAAAAAUGUCUGAAGACCACUUGUGUUGUGGUCGCAAUCAGUACCACAAAAGGACUCAGAGAUGCUCCGAAGACCUUCAAGUGCAAAAUAUUACAGGGAGUAAUUCCGAGACUGAACCAUGUGGUGUGUAUAAUAAGACAACGGAGCUGUGCUGUGGUCCGACUAGUAACAAGACAAUUCUGAAAAAAAUGUCUGAAGACCACUUGUGUUGUGGUCGCAAUCAGUACCACAAAAGGACUCAGAGAUGCUCCGAAGACCUUCAAGUGCAAAAUAUUACAGGGAGUAAUUCCGAGACUGAACCAUGUGGUCUGUAUAAUAAGACAACGGAGCUGUGCUGUGGUCCGACUAGUAACAAGACAAUUCUGAAAAAAAUGUCUGAAGACCACUUGUGUUGUGGUCGCACUCAGUACAACAAAAGGACUCAGAGAUGCUCCGAAGACCUUCAAGUGCAAAAUAUUACAGGGAGUAAUUCCAAGACUGAACCAUGUGGUGGGUCACUCAAGAACCACCUCAGACGCUGCCCCAAAGAAGGUUUUCACUGCUGUGGGAAGAAAGCCUUCAAUAUUUCUGACCCACUGAAGAAAUGCUGUGGAGGAACUUUGUACAACCUGACAAAUGAACAAAGCAGUAACACCCAGUGCUGUGGAUCCCUUCUUCAAAACCAGAAGGAGGUUUGCUGCUCAAGUGAAUACAAAGCGGUGGUUUACUCUGCUGGAGAUGAUUUCAAAUGCUGUGGUCACCACUAUUACAACACUUCUCUUUGGUCAUGCUGCAGGGGAAGACUUUGUCUAGGUCAGCAUGCUGACUCAGCAGAAUCUACCCUUCUGUCGAUUAACAAUCUGAACAAAGCACAACUUUGCAAGCAGAUUUUCUUUGGAACCGUGCAAAGUGUGUUCAAGAACCGCACAGUUUUCAGCAAUGUGCUGGAAAUCCAUGGGGAGAAAGCAACAGUACGCCAUCAUGUGGAGCCCUACAUCAUGAAAACUGAAAAGAUGUGCAGCAUUCUUAAAUUAACCCUAGGAAAGUGGUACUUCUUGAACAAUACCCACGUCUUCACUGAUUUCAACCAUAAGUUGUUGCAGCAGUCUCUCUAUUUCAUUUUGUCCAAAUGUUCUCAGUAACUGACGCCUGCUUGCUGAUCUGUCUCAACAUACCAGAUCAUUCAGUUUUAAAACACAUGCUACUGUGUACUCAGAUAACUAUGCUAACAUCACUUUAUUGGUCAUAACACUUGGCACAGUCCUCGUGGUGCUACUCUAUCCAUCUCUGUCUCAUCAGUAUGUUUUAAGAUCAGCUCAAAAUGUACACUGUAUACUUGCCAACAAAAAAGGGAUAGAGGAUUGCAAUCCAUUUUCCACUUUGCACAGGGAUUUUUUUUUAUUUAGCUCUAUAUUGUUGUAUAGUUCUGUGUUUGUAAGUAACAUACAUGAUGAUGAAUCUUUAGAGUCUGGUAAAGACUCUAUGUUACCAGAGAUGUUACCAGAGUCUGGUAAAAUCUAAAAUAAGUGAAGCUCUUUUUAACAAAAAUGUUAGUUCUCAACACAAACACAACACAGGUUUACAGACCGGGAGUGGGUCUGAGAAAGAGACAAGAAGCAGAGCUGGAGUUGAAUAGAAUAGAAUUAGAGUCAACUUUAUUGCCAUUUCAUAUUUCAAGAGUAUAACGUAAUAAAGUUUACAUCCAUCCAAAUAUGAACAAGUGUUCAUUAGAUUGAAGAUUUCAAAUUCAACGGAUAAAAUACAGGUAGUGUAAGUGGUAAUUCAGUCCAUGCGUUAUUAUUGUGUUUGCACCAGGCAACAGUCCAAUAUUCGCUUUUUAUUUUACUAUUGUGCGUGUGUUCAGUCCAUGAGUGUUAUGUGGUUCAGGUGUCAGGAGACAGAGUUGAGGAGUGUGAGAGCUGUGGGGAUGGUUUUAGCUAGGAGGCUCCUGUAACGCCUCCCAGAAGAUAGGAGGGGGAAGAGUCUGCAUUCUGGGUGUCUGGAGUCUAUGAUGAUUUUCACAGCCCUUUUCAGGUAGCAGAGCUGAAGAUGUUGAGGUUCUCUUUGGAAGUGAUAAGGGUGGAUACAGCAGGAAUCAAGACAUCAGAGAAACAGCCUAUGUUAGAUGUUUUGGAGAUAAAUGCAGGGAAGUUGACUGAGAUGGUUGGAACACAUUCAGAGGAGGGACAGUUAGUAAAAUAAUGCUAGAAAAAUUGAAUGAUGCAAUGAACGACAGUUUGAAAGUAAACAAAAUAUUUUCCACUGUGAAAGUCUCUAUCAAAGAGAAUAUUUGAAGUUAAAGUUUCUCAUCAGCUAAACUGCAACCAGUGAGCAAAGUAUCUGAGUACCUGAAUUCUGAAAGAUAUGCUAGUUUGACUUUUGCACUGUUCAUGUAUCCGUAUAACAAGCUAUUGAAUGUGUGCAUGUAAAUUAUUUAUCUAAAAUUUAUUCAUUAACAUUAAAAACACAAUUCUCAGCAAAUCAAAUGCUCAACUUUGACAUUUUUGUGUCAGAAGUCUAUGCUGUUGAGAGUGUUAUUAUAUUUAGAAUGUAUUCAUAUACACUCAGGUGUCUGAAUUUGCUUUAUCAUUUACUUUUGCACUGUUGGCAGACAUACUUUUGCCUACUCUACAUUUGACAUUGAUUGUACUCCAGUUUUUGGUGCAUGCUACAUUUUUAUAAUAUACUGCGAGAUAAUAAAAUAAAAUAAAAUAGGCAAACUUCA